CCCUCCUACCAAUAUCAUCUAUCGCUGCAACUAAUAUCGCGAACUAAAGAAGGUUCUAUUCUUGUUGAACUUACGACAGAAUGGACCCGUUGAGCAUAUCUACGGGUGUUUUAGCCGCCCUUCAGGCGGCUGGCGCCAUUUUAUCCUUCUGCUACCAGAUUCAAUCCUCUUCCCGCGGUAUCUCGUGGGCCUACAUUCAAGUUAUCGAGGAAGUUCGCGACUUACGCAAUAUUCUUGAAGCCAUCCAAUCAGCCUUAGAUGCCACAGUCUUCCCCGACGAUUCUCUUUCGGUAGCCAAGGAAUCGAUUGCCCUUCUCGCAGAAACAUUGAAACCAGCCCUUUCGACCUGUUUAGUCGAGCUUCGGUCCUUGGAGCAGAAGAUAAACCCCACCAGGGUGGACGCCAUUCUCGAGUCGAAGACAAAGCGCCUCAAGGAAGGCUUGACUUCGCUCCUGAACCCGGAUGAAACCAAGAUGUCAAUAGCACGGCUUCAAAGAUGCAAGUCGUCAAUCAACCUUGCAAUAUCAUCCCAUAACUUUGUCACAAUUCGAAACGUUGAGCGCCUCUCUAUAUCUAUAGACUAUAGAGUUUCCACAUCUUGCCAGCAGUUGGAGGCCCUGACUAGACUAGUUAAUAUGGCUGAUCUCGAUAAACAGCAAAAGGCUGUCGUAAAGUGGCUGUCCCCUCUUAAAACUAGCAACACACCCCAUGGAGCACCCCAACCGGACGAGGUUGUCACAUCUGGUUGGUUCCUAGAGACCAAACAGUUUCAGACAUGGGCUGAGUCGAAUUGUGGCUUUCUAUGGAUAACUGGACCCCCUGGCUCCGGCAAAACAACUCUACUUUCACAAGCUAUUGAGCGAAUAAAUGCAAGUCCAAGACACACCAGCGGUAAUUGCACUGCAGUAUCAGCCGUGUGUUAUUGCGACUUCCGACUCCCUGACUCCCAGAAACUCAGCAAUAUCUUGGGGUCACUCCUAUCCCAGAUAUGCACAAAAACUCGAGAAUUUCCAGAGAAUGUGCUCGACUGUCACAGGAUGUGCACCGAGGGCAAUAGGUGGAACCCAUGUUCGGUUGAUGUAAUCGCCAAAGCCAUACACGCCAUAUCCAGAAGCACAACUGUUUUCAUCUUUGUUGACGCCAUGGAUGAAAUGAGCAAACCACGCUUGUUGGCUGAGGAACUCCUUACAUUGUCCAAGAUGAGUGGCCAUAUCAACAUCUUGGCUACAAGCCGAAAUGACGCGGCAAUACAGCAGGUCCUAGAAUCAACCCCUCGGGUUUCGUUAGAAAACCAUUUAUCGGAAGUUGACGCUGAUAUUCAACGUUAUGUUGAAGGCCGACUUAGCCACGAUGAUGCUUUGAAGGACAUUUCACCGCAUCUACAACGGAAAGUCCUUGAUACAGUCAAAGAAAGGUCGCAGGGAAUGUUCCGGUGGGCAACAUGUCAAUUGAACACACUCGCCCAUGCAAGAACGGAUCGGGCUGUAAAACUAGCCCUGAAAUCCCUGCCAGCUGGACUCAACGAAACAUACGGUCGAAUAUUAGCCGGGGUGCCGCCAUCAGAUAUCGAUUUGAUCCAGAAGACACUGGCCUGGCUAGUUGCCAUAAGAGAACCCCUGAAGCUCGGUCAACUCUGGGACGCACUUGCAAUAGAAUGGGGAAAGGAUUCCAUCGACGAAGAAAAUCGAUUAAGACGCCCACAGGAUAUCGUCAGUGUCGGCAACAGCCUCCUUACGGUUAGUCCUGACCUGGCUGGAUACGUCAAUCUCGCCCACCUGUCCGUCCGCGACUUCCUCCUGUCAGACAAUAUCGGAAAGGCCCCAGAGACAGCCAUCUUUGCAAUGCAGCUUGACAAAGCCCAUGCUCAAGUAGCAAAAUCAUGCUUGACGUAUUUGCUUUUUGCCGAGCUUGCGAGUGGCCCAGCCAUGGAGAAAGAGAAUUACACCUCGCGACUGAAGAAGCUUCCCCUCCUGAAAUACGCCACAAAGUACUGGUUCUACCACUUCCGGAACUCGGGUCCCGACGAGAACAUCAGGGCCCUAGCGCUUCGGUUCCUUUCCCCCAACGCGCGGCCGAGUUUCAUGUCAUGGGUCCAGGUUCUCAACGCCGAUGCGGACUUCAAGUGGAACGUAUACCCUGACCAUGCGACCCCGCUCUACUACGCAGCCUCACUAGGCCUUGAUGACAUUCUCGACGCUCUGCUCGACGAGCCGGCGACGCAUGCCCAGCUGAACGCGCCGGGAAGCCGAUUCGGCGGGACUCCCAUCCAUGCGGCGACGAUUCGGGAGCACGUCGACAUCAUUCGGACCCUGCUCGAAGCCGGAGCCGAUCCUGGGAGGGCAGACUAUAACGGCGUGACGCCGCUGCACAGUGCUGCGAGUCAGGGGAGCAUCGAGGUGGUCGACAUGCUCCUUCGCAGCGGGGCGCCGGCAGACCCGAAGGACUAUAUGGACGGGAAAACUCCAGCAGAGUGGGCUUCGCUGAGCGGCCAUGAAGAUCUAGCAAGACUCAUCGCAGACAGGUCUAAAACAAACAAGGCGGUUUAUGAGAAGAAGCUGAAGAUGAAUGACAGUGUGAAAGGGGCGUAUGUGUCACCCUUGGCUAAGGGGAAGGAUAUCUGGGAGCCAAGGCCUAGUUUCUUCCCGGACUAUUACGAAAGACGCUCCGGACUGCAUUCAUCUACUCUCCUAAGUGUAGAGGUCGAUGGGAAAAAGGAGCAGUUCGACACUUCAUUCAGUCCGGUCCGUAGCUCAGAAGCGGAUGAUUCUCAACCCGCUUGGUAA